AUGCGUCCAGCACAUCAGUAUUACUUGAGGAGAAACAGGUCAAACACAAACCUACAGAAUUCACCAAAGACUGAAGAGGAGGGUGACCCUUUUUCAGCACCAGCCAUGGGUGACAGAGAUGGGGAAAGGGGAGAACCUAGCACUAGGGAGAUGCUCAGUGGUCUUUCUAGGGGUCAGAGGGAGCUUCAAGCUACAUUGCAGCAGAUGGCUAUAGAAUUUACACAACAUUUGACGAGAGCAGAUCAAGGCAAUAAUACCAACCGAGGUAAUAAUGGCAACCAAGGUAAUAAUACCAAUCAGGGUAAUAAUGCUAAUCAGGGAGGUGGACAGGGUAAUGGAGGUAAUGGAGACGCAUUGGUUAAUAGGGGAACCAGGACAUAUGCUAGAGAAGGUUCUUCUACUACAAGACCACUCAUGCCAUAG